AUGACACAUGGACUGAGAGUGGAGGAGUUCAGUCCUCGUGCAGUGUACACUAGUGGCAAGGCCUCGACAGCAGCUGGACUCACAGCUGCCGUGGUCAAGGACGAGGAGAGUCACGAGUUUGUUAUAGAGGCUGGCGCUCUCAUGCUCGCUGACAAUGGAGUUUGUUGUAUUGACGAGUUUGACAAGAUGGACCUGAAAGACCAAGUAGCCAUUCAUGAAGCCAUGGAGCAACAGACCAUCUCAAUCACCAAGGCUGGUGUCAAGGCAACCCUCAAUGCUCGUACAUCCAUCCUGGCUGCGGCUAAUCCGAUUGGUGGUCGCUAUGACCGAUCAAAAUCACUCAAGAUGAACAUCCAGCUCACUGCCCCCAUCAUGUCGCGCUUUGACCUCUUCUUUAUCAUAGUAGACGAAUGUAACGAGGUGACUGACUAUGCCAUCGCUAGGCGUAUUGUGGACCUCCACAGUCACAAGACAGAGGCAGUGGAGCGUGUCUAUUCCCUCGAGGAGAUCCAACGCUACGUAUUGUUUGCUCGUCAGUUCAAGCCUCGUAUCAGCCCCACCUCUGGUGAGUACAUGGUGGAGCAGUACAAGAAACUACGGCAGAGAGACUGCUCGCGUGUGGCUCGGUCGUCAUGGAGAAUCACCGUGAGACAGCUGGAGAGAAAGAAGCUCCUCGUGGAGAAGGUCAUCGAGAGACUUGUGCAACAUGACCACAUUCUGUUGCCGUUGGUGAUGGGGGAGGAGUCAGACGAAGAUCCAUUCCUGGUGGUUCAUCCCAACUACGUUGUUGAGACAUGA